AUGUCGGAAACAAAGCCGGCAGGGAAGCACUUGCGCGCUAUGCUCAGAGAGACUUGGUUCCUCGGGAAACCACACUGGUCGCCCAAGGACAUGCCAUCAUUGAAGGGCAAAGUCGUAGUUGUCACUGGAGGGAACUCUGGCCUGGGUCUUGAUACUGUCAAGGCACUGCUCGAACAUGACGCCAAAGUCUAUAUCCUUUCCCGAAACGAGCAAAAAGCCCUUCCCGUGAUCGACCAGUUAGAAAAAGACACAAAGAAACGACCUCUGUUCAUCAAAACAGAGUUGUCGGACUUGAAUUCUGUGAAACGCGCCGCUGAAGAGUUCUUGAGGGGAAUCAUCCUUCCAUUCGCAGUCACACCUGAAGGCUACGACCUAGUGUUCGAAACCAAUGUCACAGGACACUUCUACCUCACUUCCCUCCUGCUUCCCCUCCUCCUCUCAACAGCCAAAACCGCCCCGAAAGGCGAAGUCAGAAUCAUCAACAUAUCCUCCACCGCCCACCACACCGUCCCCGCCGUGAAUCCUCUCAGACUCGAAGCAGUGAAAGACGGUCCUCUGCGAAGACAAUGGCUCAAAAAGAUCGACUAUGGUUUUAGCAAAUUCGUUAUGAAUCUGUAUACGAGCGAGUUGGCCAAGAGGUACAAGGACAGCAAUAUCGUCGCUAUCGCUGUCCACCCAGGGAGCUACAGCACACCCAUAACAUCAGGUGUAAAUCAGCCGCGAGGGCAAAGAAUUGCGCAGCGUCUCUUCUUCAUCUACCCCGUUAAAUAUGGCGCUUGGACACAGUUAUGGGCAGGGACCGCGCCCGAGGCCGCCGAUCUGAGCGGGAAGUACGUCGUUCCAUGGUCGAAACUAGGAAAGCCACGGUCUGAAGUGGAAGAUGAGAAAAUGAUGGCCGAGGUGUGGACCUACCUCGAGGGAAGAAUAAAGGAACAUGAGCUCAAGCAAUCCGAGUCUACUGCACAGACAUCAGAUAGUCCUUCCGCAGCACGAAAUGGAGCGGGCCCAUCGCCACCGUCAUAA